GCUACUGUUUUGGCCGAUUCAAGAUGGCGGUGCAGGAGUCGGCUGCCCAGCUGUCCAUGACCCUGAAGGUGCAGGAGUACCCGACCCUCAAGGUGCCCUAUGAAACACUGAAUAAACGCUUUCGAGCUGCUCAGAAGAACAUUGACCGGGAGACCAGCCACGUCACCAUGGUGGUGGCUGAGCUGGAGAAGACCUUGAGCAGCUGCCCUGCCGUGGACUCCGUCGUCAGCCUUCUGGAUGGCGUGGUGGAGAAGCUUAGUGUCCUCAAAAGGAAGGCGGUGGAGUCCAUCCAGGCCGAGGACGAGAGCGCCAAGCUGUGCAAGCGCAGGAUCGAGCACCUCAAGGAGCACAGCAGCGACCAGCCCGCAGCGGCCAGCAUGUGGAAGAGGAAGCGCAUGGACCGCAUGAUGGUGGAGCACCUGCUGCGCUGUGGCUACUACAACACGGCCGUGAAGCUGGCGCGGCAGAGCGGCAUCGAGGACUUAGUGAACAUCGAGAUGUUCCUGACGGCCAAAGAAGUGGAGGAGUCCCUGGAGAGGCGCGAGACCGCCACCUGCCUGGCCUGGUGCCACGAUAACAAGUCCCGGCUGCGCAAGAUGAAGGGCCGCCAAAGUGAGCACGACGCGAAGACAGGACGGAAAAGUAGAGUGGCCAGUGGCUCCCCUAAAGAGAGUGAGGAUCUUGGUAUGGAAACCAUAAAAGGAAAGCCCGAAGUGAGCUGCCUGGAGUUCAGCCUAAGGAUUCAGGAGUUCAUCGAACUCAUCCGGCAGAACAAGAGACUGGACGCGGUGAGACACGCAAGAAAGCACUUCAGUCAGGCCGAAGGGAGCCAGCUGGACGAAGUCCGCCAGGUCAUGGGCAUGCUGGCCUUCCCGCCAGACACGCACAUCUCCCCCUACAAGGACCUGCUGGACCCGGCCCGGUGGCGGAUGCUGAUCCAGCAGUUCCGGUACGACAACUACCGGCUGCACCAGCUGGGAAACAACUCCGUGUUCACCCUCACCCUGCAGGCCGGCCUCUCGGCGAUAAAGACACCUCAGUGCUACAAGGAGGACGGCAGCUCCAAGAGCCCCGACUGCCCCGUGUGCAGCCGCUCGCUGAACAAGCUGGCGCAGCCCCUGCCCAUGGCCCACUGCGCCAACUCCCGCCUGGUCUGCAAGAUCUCGGGCGAUGUGAUGAACGAGAACAACCCGCCCAUGAUGCUGCCAAACGGCUACGUCUACGGCUACAAUUCUCUGCUCUCCAUCCGUCAAGAUGAUAAAGUUGUUUGCCCAAGAACCAAAGAAGUCUUCCACUUCUCGCAAGCUGAGAAAGUGUACAUCAUGUAGGCCCAAGUCGCCAAGCGCGUGCCGUGGGGUCAGGCGACGGUGGGGAGCCCCUCACCCUCACGCCCCCCCUGCUGCGGCGUUUCUGUUUCUUGCGACCAAAGAUGAGUGAGCGACGACAGAUACUCUUAGGAGAGAAGGAAUGAGAUGCAACAGGUUUGUACUUGAAACAGCGUUUUGAUUGGUAGGAUUUUGUAACGUGAGUCAACUGUUUGAUGUUUCUGAAAAGUACUUUCACCUUCAAAGAAACUUCCUUAAAGACUGACUUCACACCGAGGGAAACUUCAGAACAUGUCAGACGUCGGAAUGGAUUAUUUCCCCGUGUUCUCAGUCUCCUCCCUUUUGCUAAUGAUGAACCCUGGGGAAUGGGCUGGUCCUUCUUGUGGCCUGGGAGAGGGGCGGCCACGCCGAUGGACCUGCCGCGACUUGGGACGCAGUGCCACGAGGGACCUCGUGACUUCUUGUAGACCUGCUGCCAAAAUGCCAGGCCGCGGCAGGGGCAGGGACUGCUCCUGCCCGUGGCAUCAGGACGCACGUGGGUCAGUGUCACAUCGUCGGUGCCGCCUCAUCUCCUGCCUGAGAAUGUAUUCGCGUGGAAGUCCACGGGACUGCGUUUCUGCAGAGGCCUUGCCAGAUGGUUCCGUGACUGGAUCUAAACACUGUUCAUUACAGAAACUAAUAGUUCAGUUGAAAUAACCACCGAUGAUUUUUCAAAUCAAACAACUGUUGUAGUUCACACUUGACCGUAUCAUACGUAGGGGUUUGCAUUUAGUGCUUCUUUUUGCAUGUUGAUGUUGAUUAGCUAAUAAACUGUAAAUGUAAAACAUGUUAAUAAAAGGGUUUUCUAUUUCUUA